AUGGGGCCCGCAGAUCACGGGACUAUUGAGGGCCCCGAGGAAGAAGCCCAAAUCCAGUCCACCACGCUAAGCCGGAUUGGCGAAGUCCGCGAUCCCACAGCAAAUUCACCAUCAACUUCAGACUGUGAGAAUCAAUCCCCUCCGCCGACCUCAACCCAGCACCUUCGCAGCACUCCGUCGCUCGCAAUCAUGGCUGCCAUCAACAAGAUUGCCCCCAACUCGCCCUCCCGGCAGAGCCCCUCCGAGCUGGAGACCGCGAUUGCCGGUGCUCUGUUCGACCUCGAGAGCAACACUCAGGACCUGAAGGCUUCCCUUCGUCCCCUGCAGUUCGUCUCUGCCCGUGAGGUCGAGGUCGGCCACGGCAAGAAGGCCAUCGUUGUCUUCGUCCCCGUUCCUCUCCUCCAGAACUUCCACAAGAUCCAGCAGCGUCUGACCCGCGAGCUCGAGAAGAAGUUCUCUGACCGCCACGUUCUCUUCGUUGCUCAGCGCCGCAUCCUCGCCCGCCCCAAGCGCUCCGUCAACUCCCGCACCAACCAGACCCAGAAGCGUCCCCGCUCCCGCACUCUGACCGCUGUCCACGAGAACAUCCUCGCCGAUCUUGUCUACCCCGUCGAGAUCGUCGGCAAGCGUGUCCGCACCAAGGAGGACGGCUCCAAGACCCUCAAGGUCGUUCUGGAUGAGAAGGAGAAGGGUGGUGUUGACCACCGCCUUGACGCCUACGGUGAGGUCUACCGUCGUUUGACCGGCCGCACCGUUGUCUUCGAGUUCCCCCAGAGCGGCGCUGAGUACUAA